AUGAAUCACAACUCUCACUUGGCUGCUUUGCAGAUGGCCGAGGAAGCAGUUGGCUUAGAUGCGUGGGAAUCCAUUAAAACAUCAUCUGUUGGAGUUAUUGUGAAGUUGAAAGAGAUGGAUUAUACAUGGUCAGCCAAGGCAGUUCACCAUUUAUUGACAAACCAAUUGGUGGUUAAUAAUAUCCAUGAGAUAUGGUCUGUCAUAGAAGGUCAACCAAUUAGGCUAUCUCUAUAUGAGUUUGGUCAGAUUACAGGUUUUAAUUGUGAGCCUUUCGACAUAAAUGAUAAGGUGGAGGUUGAUCAUAAGCCGUUUUGGGAAGAGAUUGGUGUGUCUCCUUCACAUGGUCCUAUGUUUUCUGAGCUGCGCUUGUUGUUAACUCAGAUUAGGAAUUGGUCAUUUGAGAAGAGAAGAAUGAUUGGCUUACUCAGUGUCUUAUCUAUUGGAGUACUUGGCAUCUCUCCUGGCAGUAGAAUUCCUUUGGAACAAGCAAAGAGAGUUCUAGACAUAGAAGCAUUUGAGAGAUACCCUUGGGGACGUGUCGCAUUUUCUAGCCUAGUAAAUUCAGUGAAAGUUAUUUCAUUUGAAGAAAGGAACAAGUAUACUCUUCGCGGAUGCGUACAUGCUCUCCUAAUCUGGGUGUAUGAGUCGAUACCUGGUAUUGGAGAAGAAUAUGGGAAUCGUAUAGAGGGUAACCAGGUUCCUCUUCUCUCUUGGUCUGCAUCCCGUUGCCGCAUAAACUGGGAUCUGUUUUAUAAAAAGGAGAAAAGUCUCCAUCAGAAGGUACGAGUCAGACAUCUCAUUGUCAAAUCAGAAGCUGAGAUAUGCCCUCAAUGGCCGGAGGACAAGGUUGAUGAUGAUCUUCACAACUUGAUCACAGACAUUCUACAUGGCGAGCUCGAUGAUACAUAUUGGAACCAGAACACAUGUAAUGCACCAGUAGCAAACAAAGCGAAAAGAAAACUAGCAAGCGAAUGUGAAGCGUGUAUCAAGAAAAAAAUGCCAAAAGAGAGGACAUCUGAUUAUGCAUGUGGAUCCGGCCUUAGGUCCGAUGGAGAUGAUGGAUUCAAGCAUGAUUUAAUUGAAGCAGUGAAGACACUGACUUCAACGGUUGCAAGUAUGGACAAAAUAGUUGCUGAGAAGGUGUUGACUGCCGUAGACACAACGAUUGAGGCAAAAGUAAAUGCAAGAGUUGGUCAAGCCGAGCUGGUACUUGCGAAGCAAAUCUCAACGUUAAAAGAAGAUGUUGCUAUACUUCGAGAGCAGAUGCAAGUCAUUGCCCCAAAAAAUGAUGCACACUUUGUAAACCAAGAAGAUGAAGUCAACGGCAAUGACCCCUCAUGGAUGGUCCAAGACAAGGCACCAACACAUUUGGAUGCUGCAGCAGUGCAAUGUGUGGUUAGAAAGAAAGCCAAAAAUUCAGAGGUCAAGCUAACGUCUCAUGUUCUACUUGCCACUGAUGGUGAGAAGGUUGUUGGAAAAAAUCAAGCAAAAAAAGCCGCUGGAGAUUUGAAAACAGUGAAGAAGGAGAAGAAUGUAGUUCCACAACUCAGAGAUUCUGCUGAAACAUGGUCUAAUUCAGAAGACAGGAACAAAUAUGGUAAACUAGAUGCCACAUUAGACCAGUUGGCAGCAUCAUUCUUGGAUUGA